AUGGCGGCCUCCUCCCCCACUUCGACAAUCCUCAACUCGCAAUUCACGGAAGCGAAGUGGAUGGCGCAGACGGAGGAGAACUUGAAGCUGGACCUGGAGAAGGUGACCCAAAGCCUCCUCUGCGUGGUCCGAAUCCCGGGCUCUCUGAAGCAAGCCCAACAACCACCGGCGGGCGCCGAAUGCUGCAGCUACACUCCCCUGCUCAUCGGCCUGGGACCGUUCCACCACUUCCGCUCCGACCUCUACCAGAUGGAGCCCAUCAAGCUGGCCAUAGCCAAGAGGGGCCUCGCCAGGUUCGGCCUGUCCGGUCUACGGGACCUGUCCGACCUCCUCUCCCCUCUCCUCCCUUCCAUCCAGGCCUGCUACGGCCUCCACCUGGACCUCCGGGACGACACCCUCGCCAGGGUCGUCGCCAUCGACGGCUUGUUCCUCAUCGAGUUCCUCCACAACGAGGAGCUCGUGAUACUCUCUUCCGUCGCCCCUUGCUUCUCCAAGAGGAAGCUCUCCCCGCAUGCCGUCCUCAGGGACCUGGUUCUCCUCGAGAACCAGGUCCCUCUUUUCCUCCUGGCGGAAGCCCUGCAGGGAGGAGGCGCCUCCUCCGCCGCCGCCAUCUCGGAGCAGAUCUGCUCCGAGAUGGACUCGGUGUGCCGCUUCCUGUCCCCUCUCGAUCUCCCCACGCAGUUCCCGCAGUACGUGAGGCGCCGGCACCUGCUGGAUCGGCUGUACCUCCUAAUGACCUGGCGGGACAAUAACAAUAACAGCAGCAACAACAACAACAAUACUACACAAUAUUCGGCUGGCUUGGUCGACCAGCUUCGAGCUCCCACCUCGCUCGGAAUUCUGCAGCGGGUCGCCGUUGGUCUUCAUCUCAAGCUACCGGCCGAGCCUCCGCUGCCGCUUGUCCGAGCCUCCUCGGAUCCCACGGCGGCGGCGCUAAAAGACGACGAUGGAGAGGGUACUGCUACGACUGACCGCGGGGACGUCGGUGAUGUUGAUGACGAUACCCAACGGAUGGCGGUGCUGCUACAGAAAACCGCCUCGCUUCCCGCCCCUGGCCACGGAAAUAACGCCGAACGCAACCGGGUCAACCGUGCGAAGAGCCUCUUCAGUAAAAUGGAGUCGUCCAUCAAAAUUGACGAAACCGUCACGAACCAGCUGCAAUCCUUUGCUCAACAAAAUGACAAACUGCCGAUAACGGGAGUGUUCCGCGUCUUCACCAUGCUCGACCAGGUCCUGAAAGAAGACAAGCGCCUCGUCCCUUCCGUCUACAAGCUGAAAAGAGUGGGCGUGAAGGUCCUACGGGCACGCGACGUCGGCCUGAGCAACAUCCGCUUCGACCACCGUGCCAAGACGCUGGAGCUCCCGGUCUUCACCUGGAGCCCCAACACGGAGGUGGUAAUGCGCAACCUCCUGGCCUACGAAGCCCACGCGAAGUCCAGCUCCCUCCUCCUGAACCGCUACAUGGAGCUCAUGCACGGCCUCGUCCGCUCCAUGGAGGACGUGCAGCUCUUGAUGGAGGAGGGAGUGAUCUCCGUCGGGGCCGGUGACCCCACCGCGGUGAUGGAAAUGUUCUCCGCGAUGGGGACGGGGACCAACUAUCCCAAGGACCAAACCAUACUGGACCAAACCGUGGGGCGGGUCCGGGAUUUCUACAGCAACAAGUGGAAGACAUUGGUGAAGAGGCUCUCCAAGAAGUACGCCAAGGUCACCAUCCAGGCAUUGGUUAUUUUCACGGGGCUGGCCCUCAUCAUCGUGCUCUUCAUUCAGGCGUGGUGCAGUGUGUACAAGUGCUCUGGCAGUGCUUUGCACCAAACGCUUGCCGAGAUUCUCCCGGCGCACCACCUGCUUUCUUAUUCUUCCUAA